UGAAAUUUUUCUUCUUUCCGACGCCUUUCCUCUUUUUCAAAAAAUCUCAUCAACUUUUUUUCUUUGUUUAGAGAGACCCUUUGGAUCAUCGGAAAAGCUCUUUUUGAAGUCACCCCAACUAAUAGUUGUUGAAUCUUUUUCUUCUUCCUCCUCUUAAAAUUCUCUCUUUCUCUCUCUCUGUGGAUCCCUUUUUGGAGAUCUGAUUGUUUCUCAAUCCUUAUCAUUUGGGUUUUGUCUUGUUGAAAGCUUUUUUUGAGUACAAACAAAAAGAAAGUUGUCUUGCUUCUCUGUUGUUGUUAAAGUUUUGGUUUUGGGGGAGGGGUUGAUGGAAGCGGGUAGCUCCAAUUCGUCGGGUCAGCUUUCUGGGCGGGUCGUUGACACGAGAGGCAAACACAGGAUCCACGCCGAACUCAAAAGGCUUGAACAAGAAGCUCGAUUCUUAGAGGAAGAGCUAGAGCAGCUUGAAAAGAUGGAUACUGCAUCAGCUUCUUGCAAAGAGUUCUUAGAUAGUGUUGAGAGCAAACCAGAUCCUCUUCUUCCCGAAACAAUAGGGCCAGUGAAUGCAACAUGGGACCAAUGGUUCGCAGGCCCUCCGGAAGCAAAAGGAUGUGGCUGCUUCAUUCUUUAACUCUUCAUUUCCUCUCCUACGUUUACCCUUUUUUCUCCAUACAAUAGUUCUGCGUUUUCUUUACAUUCUUGAGCUGUUAAAUUGAUGUAAUUUGAAAAAAAAAAUGAUUCAUUUGUGCAGAUAAAAUGUAUUGAUAUCCUUUAUCUC